CCCCACCCCUUUAUCAGACCCUGUCCUCAUUACACUCUCCCUUCCCUCAGCCCACGGAUGCAGUCCUCACAUCCCUUCCUUCCCUCCGUCCCUUCUCAUAAUCCAUAGACCCCAUCCUAGCACACAGACGCUUCCCUAAACCUCAGUCCAUGCCCCCAACCCUCAGACCCUCUCCCAUGCGACAGACCCCAGCCACUACCCUCAGACCCCUCCUCAAGCCUGCAGACCCUGCCCUCAGACUGUCCUCCUCCCUUGGACGCCUCCCUCUCACAGCCCGUAGACCCCAGCCCCUCUCAGGUCCUAACCCUCAGACCCCUCUUCCUCCAGCCCCUAGGUAGUCUUCAGACCCUCUUCCCCAGCCCCCAGACUCCUUUCCCUGGCCCAAAUCCUAUCCCCGUAGCCCUUACACCCUCUCUCCCAGACGGAGCGCCCAGCCCUCAGAUUGCCAUAGAUCCUCUUCACUCCCAGACUCCCUUGGACCCCUGACCUGCUGUUCUGUAGCUGUCCCAGAGCCCACCCCUUUUCUCAUUCUGAUGCCUCUCUCCAAAGCAGACCCCUCCCGAACUGCCUUUUUUUCUCAGUCUGCCCCCCUGGACUCCCAGCCAGCUCUGUCUUUAUUGCCCCCCAGAGGUCUAGUCCUUCACUUCCUCAAGCCCUCAUGAGACCCGCUAGCUGAUCCCUGGCCAGGAGCUGAGUCCAGAGCCCACAAAUGCCCUCACUGCGUUCUCGCUUCCCCGUGGAGCUGGGCUCCGGGAUCCAGGAGGCCAGGUGGGCCGUCUGCAUCGCCUGGCUGUGGCCAGGGGCCCAGGCUGGGGCCUCACCCGGCUCCUGCGGAGAGGUAGAUGGUGAGAACUCUGCUGGGCAGACGGUGCUCUUCCUCGCGGCGCUGCUGGGCCACAGCUCUGCCGUGCAGCUCCUGCUGGCCUUUGGUACCAGCCCCAACCACCGCUGCCUGGACGGCAGCACACCUGUGCAUGCGGGCGCCUUCUCGGGCUGCAGCCUGUUGGUGCUGCACGUGCUGCAGGCGGGGGGUGACCUGCGUCUGCAUGACCAGCAGGGUCGCAUCCCUCGGGAGUGGGCAGAGCAAGGCGGUGCCAAGCAGAGCUGGGAGGUGAGCCGUGGCUGGGGUGGGGUGAGGGCGUCAGGGCGGGCGGCCCACCCUGCCUCACCCCACGUGCCACCCCCUGUCCGGGUGCUGGAGCCGUUACAGAUCUGCUGUGCCCACACGUCAGCACUGGUGCAUGGCAGUGAGUUGGCACGCACUGCACCCCUGGGCCAGUUGCAGGCCAGCUCUGGACAGAGCCUGUGUGGUGGCCUGCGGCUGACGCACACUGACAGGGCACGGAGGCCGGAGCAGAUCAGAACCCCCCAAAUCCCAGCCUUUGGGUUCGGCCAGCCCCAGCGGAGCAGCUUGUGGCCACUGGGGCUGGUAACAGGUGGACCCCUCACGGAUCUCGAGGAGCUGCUGCCAGCUCGGGGCGGGCCUGACUGCACCUACGAGAGCAGCUCCCACACCCUCAUGGCCAACCUCCCGUGGAGGGGCCACCCCGUGACCGUGACCGUGACCGUGACCGUGCAGCAGCUGAAGGCACCUGGAGCCCAGCCUGACGUGCUGAUGCCUGACCUUCAGCACUGCGGGUACGUCACCCCAGCCUUGCCCCCAGGCCAGCCCAGUCCUGCAGAGCAGUCUCCUGCCUGCCCUCCCGACUCAAGCGUUUCGGAAACAGAAGCCCAGGGAGUGUGGCGGUGGCCGCGGUUACAGUCUUCACCUCUGGGCCAGCGCUUGGCAUGAAGCCUUCUUACUGGAGUGACCCCUCCCCAUGGGUACGUGGGUACCCAGUUCUGCGCACUGUCUU